GGGCAGGAUGGGGAAGACGGUGCGGGAUCACCUCGUGGACACCCUAGAAGAGCUGGGGCAGGACCAGUUUAAGAGGUUCAAGACCAAGCUGAACGUGUUCCCGGUGAAGGCGGGUUACAGCAACAUCCCCCGGGGCCGGCUGGAAAAAGCGGAUGUCCUGGAUGUGUGCGACAAGCUGAUCAGCUUCUAUCUGGAGAAGUAUGCGGUGGAGGUGACUGUGGAGGUCCUGACAGCCAUCAAUGAAAGGGAGCUGGCAGACAGACUGCGCAAGGCGACAGGGACUGGAGGCUAGCGAGGAAAAGACAGAAACAGUAAAUUUGCAGGAUGAUCUCUACUCUAUCUUCUGCCACUGACUGCAUCGC